AAAAGUUUAAAACGCAUAAGACUAAAAGAAAUAUGAGGUUUAUUCCCUUGAAAACUUACUAGAGCAGUUGGUGGAUGCAGGGAUUGACACAAAAUGCCGAUUGAUUUGCCUAGUGUUAAUGCUGCUAGUUUCAACAGCUACUACGAAGAGAACCUUUUCAACAAUGAAAUAUGUGAGAACUGAUUUGCUAAACAAAAUGAGCGAUGAAUUUCUUGUCGAUUGCUCAAGUAUUUUAUUUGAAAUAGUGUAUACUAUUGGUAUGGAUGUAGGCUCCAUUAUUGAUGCAUCACUAAAUUAAAAUACCGUCGUGUACAAUUUACAUUGGACAAAAAAACUAUAAUCAUUAUGUUUUUUUACUAUUCAAUUUUCUAAUGAAACUCGGCCCAGUGGUCUUCUGUGUUAUGGAUCCGCCGCUGAAAGGAAUGACACCAAUUCUUCACAACUUCCAACACAUAUCCAACUCUCCGAACUUUCAAAAUCGAAAAAAUCGAUGUUCGACGGAAAGUUAUCAAAAAAGUUUAAAGUUGUUGUGUUUUUUUCCAUUGUCCUAAUGCUUCAUUAGCCUCCAUCAAUCAGAUAUUUUUCAAGAUUCUAUCUUGGCUUAAUUUUAGGAAAUUGAUAAAGAUCGUCUUUAAAAUUAUUACUGAUCGUCCUAAAAAAUAACAAAGUUAUACUUUGAAUCUUUUGACAUCUUUAGCAAACAAACAUCACUUUGACUAAAAAAAAAUGAAAAACACUCAAUUUCCCACACUCUCAAAUUCAUCAUUGACAUUCUCGAGUCGUAAUCGUUGGGAAUACGUCCGAAUCAUGAGUAGCGACUCCGACGAGGUAAAAAUCCGGAAAAAAAAACACAAAACCCCUCAACCAAAGCCAAUUUUUGAGUGUACCGUGGCUCAACCGAAGGCAAUUUUCGGUUGUACCAUGAACCAACUGAAAAUCACCUUCGGUUGAGGGGUUUUGGAAUUUUUUUGGAUUUGUUUGGUUUAUAUCAAUAAUUUUCUAUUCUUUUAAUACGAUUUAUGGUUCCAUAAGAUAAUUUGUUGGAUUUUGGUUUAUAUUUUUUUAGAUUUAUGGAAUUGGGAGGGGUUGUUUGUUUUGUGUUUGAUUUUGAAAUUCAAAAUGGGCAAUUCGGUAAAUUACAUAUUAAGUUAGAACGAUGGUUAGUAAUUUUUAAGACGACCUUUAACCAUUCAGUAAUUUUAACGACAAUUUUUGGAUGUGAUUAGAGGUAACAAUUUUCAAUUCAAUCCAAUCCAUCCAAUCCAAUCUAUUUUAUCCAAAUCCAAUUGGAUUGGUGGAUCCAAAUGACAAAUUACGAUUUAGUACCUAUAUUUUUUAUAUUUUACAUUUUGGUACCCAAAAAAUUUUUAUACGAAAAUAUCAUUGGAAAAUUUCGUUUUGGUACCUAAAAUUUUUUAUCAUGAUAUUUUAGUAUCCAAAUUUUUCAAAAUUUACAUAUUGGUCAAAGACUUAAAUGUCAUUUGGAAACCUCUAUUUGUGAUAGACCAUCAAACCGAAAAAAAUUAGAGGCCGAAACCAGGCGUACCGAAAAUUGAUAAGUCUGAACCAGUGGAGCCUGAAGGAAUCAAAUGGCCAGUGUGUCAUACACCAGUUGGUCCCAAUAACUCGAGUUGUUGGGAGAAGCUUAUGUUGGAUCUUAUACCACAACAACUCGAGUUAUUGGGACCAACUGGUUUAUGACAUGGUAUCAGAGCUGGCUUUCUAAGCCCUAAGUCAUCAUCAUGAGCGGUAAAUGUACUGAUGGCGGUGCAACCGGCGACAGUGGAGGAAGUCUCGUCGUCCCUCCUGUUGUCCCCGUCGCGUUGAGGAUUCAAGCAUCAGAUAACCCAGGUCAACUGUUCGUUGGUGAGUUGUUGAAUGACUCCAAUUCUGGAGAGUGGGUCACAGAUAUGACGGAGGCCCUGAUUGCAAAAAACAAACUCGGAAUUGUCGAUGGGAGUGUAGUUAAGCCGGCAGCUGCGGGCGAUUUACAGGAGGCGUGGCUCCAGUGCGAUGCCCUUGUUAAAGGAUGGUUGAAGACAGCCAUGGAUAAGGAGGUACGGAGCUCCAUUCGUUAUGCCAAGACGGCUCGGGAGAUGUGGACCGAUCUUGAGGCACGUUUUGGACGAGGAUUGGCUUCUAGGGCGUAUGAACUUCGUACGAUGAUGAGCACUCUGCGGCAAGAGAAGCUCAGUGUAUCUACCUUCUUCACCAAAUUGCGUGCGAUUUGGGAGGAAAUGCAGAUGAUCACACCUAUCCCGCGGUGCACAUGUGGGCAAUGCACUUGUGAAAUUGACAAAAAGGUAAUGAGCAAUAUGGAAAAUGAUAGACUGUUUGAUUUCCUUAUGGGAUUGGGGGAUGCUUUUGGAACUGUGAAGACAUUGAUCCUGUCCAUGAAGCCAACUCCAACCCUUGGAGAAGAUUACAGGCUCGUCUCCACCAAGGAGCAGCACCGGCAGAUUGCUGCAAAUCGGCGCCCAACCGUAGAUGCUGCCGCAUUCCAAGCCCGCCAAGAUCGCAUGACUUCAGAUCAUGGAAGGCGAGAGGAACAGUCUCGUAGCACUGAUCGCAAGGAGCGAUAGCGGUGCAGUCAUUGUCAGAGACCCGGCCACACCAAAGAAAAUUGUUAUGAAAUUAUUGGUUGGCCGGAGAGGAAGCCUCAUUCAGGUGAACGUGAUCGGGAUUCGCGUCAAGGUGAACAGAAAAAGGAGUGAACCGGGAAACCACAUGCCUCCCGUGCUGCGCAGUCCUCGAGUGGUGUUGGAGUUAGUAUUCUUGGGCUGAAUUCCGACCAGGUACAACAGUUGCUCGAGUUUCUCAAUCACAAUGGCGGUCAACCUAAUCUGUCUUUGUCGUUCAAUCCUCAAGUCAAUAUGGCAGGCAAUUUUCUACCACAGUCUGAAUGGAUCAUUGAUUCGGUAUGCAAUGAGUAUAUUACGAAUAAUGAGUCCUUGUUAGAAAAUUCUGUUGAGGUAUCGGGUUAUUUACCGGUCAGUAUUCCGAAUGGGGAUAGUGUCACAGUCAAACGAGUUGGGGAUAUCAGUUUGUCAAAUGGAAUGAAGCUCAGUCGGGUUCUCAGUCUUCCAUUGUUUAAGUGCAACCUUCUGUUAGUUAGCAGGCUCACUCAGGAUUUUGAUGUCGCCUUAACCUUUUUACGCGACUUUUGCGUCAUCCAGGACUUACAGUCCAGGAGGACGAUUGGGACGGGACAACUUUGUGAUGGUUUAUAUUACCUUAGGUUGUCUGGUGCCGAGGAGUCACAGGCCUUUGCUGAUCGUAGAGAAGAGGGAAUGGGGGAGCUUUGGCAUUCUCGACUUGGUCACCCGUCGCCAAAGAAGACACCUUUGUCAUUUCGUUCUGUUCAGAAUAAGUGCAAGAGUGAAACUUGUGAUUCUUGUAUAUGAGCUAAGCAGACACGUUUGCCGUUUCCUAAGAAUUCGAUUAAAACUAGUCAUUAUUUUGAGCUUAUUCAUGUGGAUAUUUGGGGCAGUUUCAAGGUUCCCACUCACAAUGCAGCUCGUUAUUUCCUUACUAUCGUCGAUGAUUUUAGUAGGGCUACUUGGGUAUAUUUGAUGGCAUACAAGUCAGAGGUAGGGGUGGCAACAAAACCCGAACCCACGGGUACCCACCCGACCAAACCCGGUCAACGCGGGUAAAACCUGUGUUGACGGGUUUUGGGCCGGGUUCGGGUUUAAACCCGCUACACUAUUCACCGGGUCGAGUUGGGUUUGGGUUUAGGUAAACUCGCCCCAUGGGUACCCGCCCAUACACAUAUAAUUACUUUCCCGGUAUAUUUAAUAUUCUAAAUGAUAUAUCUUCCUUAAACAACUAAUAUUCUAUAUGUUUGUGGAGACAUAUAUAAUUUGUUCUUUCUAAUUGUUUAGAAUGAAGUUGAUAUUAUGAA